AUGUCAUCCUAUCUCGACCUUGGAAUACCCCCCUCAUCAUCGACCGUCUCGGUCAAGGUGUUCGACCUCAUUCCCCCCGGUGACCAUCCCAAGGUCAAGGUGCCGGCCAGCUUCGUCUUGGACAAGAUUUUACCGGGCCACGAACAUCUUGCCGCGCCUGUUUUUGCAUUCUUAGUUGAACAUGCUUCAACCAAAGCUCGUCUUCUAUUUGAUUUGGGUCCUCGAAAGGACGUGGAGAACUGUGCACCAGCGGUCGUGGAGAUGUUCCAGGCACUGUUUCCCAAAACUGAUGCCGACAUUGUGGAUUUGAUCGAAGCAAGUGGUAUCAGCAAGAACAGCAUCCAAGCCGCUAUUUGGAGUCACUCGCAUGUCGACCAUUCGGGAGACAUGUCAAGGUUCCCAUCGUCGACCGACCUGAUCGUUAGCAAGGAAAUGUCCUUGGAAACGCACAAAGAGAAUCCCGCAAGCACACUGUUGCCUAGUGACAUUGCUGGGCGUAAGAUUAUAAAAAUCGACUUCGAAACGAAGAUUGGAGACUUCAAGGCCCAUGAUUACUUUGGUGACGGGAGUUUUUAUCUCCUCGAUGUUCCGGGGCACCAACUCGGUCAUAUCGCCGGUCUUGCUCGUGUAACACCGACAAAUUUUGUUCUAAUGGGCGGCGACUCCUGCCAUCAUGCUGGUGUCCUUCGUCCCACUAAGCUCCUCCACUCGCACUAUCCCUGUCCAGGCUUCCUCUUGGAGCAGUCCCGGAAAUCCAUCUCGGUAGAGCACUUCGCGUCGAAUUCAGUUACUAGUAACCACGAUGAAUUUGACCUCGCUGGACAAACGAGACCGCUUCUACGCAUUGCCGAAGGACAAUGGAAUGCCGAUCACGUUCAAGCGCAGGAGUCGGCCGACAGGCUUACUUUGUUUGACGGCAACCCGGAUGUCUUCGUCGUCCUUGCUCAUGACGGAUCGCUGCUUCCGCUCUUUGCUCGUAAUGGUACUUUUCCGGUGGAUCUCAGCGAGUGGAAAGGGAAAGGAUGGAAACAGCAAGCCGUGUGGGCGUUUUUGGACCAGGAGAAUCCCGCCUUCCGAUUCAACUCACGAAACAGUGACUCGGAAGUCUGA